ACGCGAGGCGGCCGUUUUCAAAUCGCCGAGCGGCCGGCAGCGGGGAUGGCGGUGCUGCGGCCCUUCGAUAAGCUGCCGGAGCUCAACAGCGCCACCAUACUGCUGGUGGGCGCGGAGGGCGGCCCGCAGCAGCAGCUCGCCGAGGCCAUGCUGCGCGAGAAGAAGGACUUCAACAUCAACAUCCACCUUGCAUCGUCCCUCCCUUUACCUUCAGAGAGGGAUCACCUUCGGCCCAGGAUAGAUCUGAUUGCAUUUGUUAUUGACAUCAAGAGCAAAUACAGCUUGAAGAAUGUUCAAGCUUCACUAGCUUAUGUGGAUGUCAGAUUCUUCCUGGGAAAAGUGUGCUUCCUUGUCACUGGGGUUGGCAGGGCGAAUAACUGCAGCGUAGAGAUGAAUGCCAUCUGGAAACUGGGAGAAGACUACUGCAGUCCUGUGAUAUUCUGUGAGCUGGAGCUGGAAGGGAUACGAGUUGCCACCGCUCAGCGACUUCUCCGGAUGUUACAGAUCUGUGCUGGUCGUGUACCAGGAGUUUCUGCCUUGUACUUCAGCUUGCUGAUGAGGAACUCUGCUGGUGAUUAGCCUCUUGAUGUGAGAAUUUAUCCAGAUUCAUCAGUUUUCUUUACUUCCAGGCAUUUGAGCUGCUGCAGUUGGAAUCGCACUGGGAAGCUUUCUUGCCUGAUUUGUUACAACCACUCAUCCAGAGCUGUUUGUAGUUGCUUGUCUAUCAAGAAAUCUGGAUUCCUAUUGAGUGAAUAAGGUAUAGGUAAGGAGAGGAUAGUUUGGAUUAGGGAUCCCUAUCUGUUGUUACAUUUGAAUGCCAUUGUGCAAUGGAUUUUUGGAUUUCGGCCACUUUGCUAGUGGCCAGGAGCUACAUAUUCUCUUGAUAUUCUCUCAGUAAAACAGGCAACUAUCCCAGAUGCUGCUUAUCCUGAUUAAGUAUCUUAAUUUCUGUAGGCAACACGUGAGGCAGCAGGCUUCUGCUUCCUCUCAACAGAAAUAUACUACCUUAGACUAAUGUGGAACCUCACUGCAGAUUUUCUUUCCCCACCAAGAGAGUAACAAAGGAGAAAGGCAGUCCUUUAGCUUCAAGAUAUACUGCAGUUGGCAGUUAAUGAUCCAGCUGCGUGAGCAUCUGCCCACCGAAGGGCUCAGCAUUUCCAUGCCUGGCACAUAACUAGGGAGGAAGAGACUGAAGAAGAUAAUCUAGCACUUUAGCUUUCUUUUAGAGAAAAGGGCUCUAUCUCUUAAGCCCAAAAUAAUGUGAUUUGAACAGCUGUGAACUGUGCUGCUGCAAGUCAGCUCCUGCAAACCGAGGAGAGAUUUUUCUGAAGAUGUCAAACUUUCUGUGAGCUAAGAAAUGAGGAGGGCUGUAAUAGAGUGUGGCACUGCUUGGGUUACAGCCCUUACAGGCAGGCCACAGGAGGAGAAACAUACAGCUGCCAGUGAAAACCAGCACCUGUUCCCAAAUAAAAAAAGCCACGGAA